ACGAUCGAUUCGCGAAGUCAGAAGAGGAAGAAUAAGCAUACGCCUGCGCUACGUUCUUUAUAUAUUCUUUUAUUUCAAGUACUUGUGCAAAGUAAUAAUAAUAGAAAUAAUAAAAACUAAAUAUGUAGUUUUUGUAAUAUUUAUUCAUGUAAUAUUUUAAAGUGAUUAUAUACAAAAAUUGUCUAAAGACAGUAGCAAAAAUGCGUAACAAUGAAAUAUCGACGAUAUAUUUGUUGUUAGUAUUAAUUUUAUGUGCAGAAGUGUAUAUGAUAAAUGCAAGACAUCUGAUUAAAAAGAGAAAUUAUAGCGAUCAAAGUGUAAGAGGUUAUUUAGCAGAGCGGACUUGUUGGUGGAAUGAAGUUUGUAAAGAAGAAUUUCACAGUAAAUUUCGAUGCCGUUGUCCAAGAUGGUCCUAUUGCCGUGCUCCUGGUAGAUAUUACGAUGCACAUUGUAGUAUGACACGUACAGGAUAUAUUUGGACUCAACCAGAAACUUCAUUAACUCUCGAAGUUAAUAAAUGAAUUUCUUUUUAUAAAUCUUUUAUAAAUUGCAUGUAUUGCAAAUCAAAAGUUCUGAAUAUCAAAUUUAUGUAAUAUUAUCUUAUAGAAGUUAAUUAAAUUUAUUUAAAUUUAA